CAUUUACCUGGGCCAUCGUACAUUCUCUAAGCACAGUGGUCUAUUUGCCUACUCGAUAUAUGAAUGUACUUGGUCCCUAAUACCAUGGCUCCGGUAUAUGUGUGGCCGCGACUCGAGAACAAUACAACAAGAUUCAAUUAGAUCAACUCAUUCCAGGAUCACGCCUUGCACAUCUUCCCAACGAUGGCCUGCACCUUGCUAUCGCCGUCCUGGAAGAUCUUGCCCAUGGAGGAGAUCUCUCCUGUCUUCAUACUUCUCCUCCAGUCCGCCACCUUGGUAAGACCCUUUGCAUCGCGUGACACCUUUGCAAUAUUGCCUGCCCCGAACAACAUGCCCAGCAUAUUAACAACCGCCGCCGCGGGGUCAUUGACGGUUUCAUACGUAGCCAGGGCCGCAUUGCCCAGUUCCCCCGCGAUGGCAAUGACCCUAGCCACGUUGGCAAAGCCCAGUCCAGCUGCCACCUCAGUGCCAACCACCGGGACAAACAUCAACACGACCCCUAUAACAAGCAAGAUGAUAUUCUCCAUACGCUUCCGCUCCUCCUCCUCCUCCUCCUCUUCCUCCUUCUCACCGAGCUCCUUGGCCUGCUUCAUGCUGUCAACUCCCUGCUCCAGCAUCAGCACAGCAGGCGUAUACGCCACGGCAGCAGCAUCUGGAUCACCACCAAUCCAGAGCCCGCCCAUGAUCUCCAUUCUGGUCGCCUGCAUCUCGGCCCUCAAGGCCAACCCGUGAAGCUGAGGGUGUUUGACGCCGGCGGCCGAACAGCAAGAUUGCGACGCGUGAUGGACCACUCGCCGAAGUCGAUCCAGUCGCGCAUAAGACCAGCAGUGGCGAGGGCCUUGUCGAAGCCAUCUUCAUCGCGGAGCUUGAGAUCAGUGGCGUCGAGGUAUCGGUAGAGCGGGUCGAUAUUAUCGUCCCACUCGGCGCAGGAGACCCAGUCGUCUUGUUCAGGGAAUCGGCAGUC